UUCUGCCUGCAUGGCCCUUACCAAUGUCUCCCCGCCUCCAGGGACCCAAAGUUGAUGAUCAGUUCAGGCUACAACCCACUGCUCACUUCUUAGGAACUAGCAGGAGCUGGCCCUGUGCCUGUUUAAGUCACAGAGACUUUUCUGAUGCUGCUUCGGGGCUGUGGGGCCCUCAGUCGGGGGGUCCUAAAGCCAAGAUCCAAAAUGGAGUUGGCCACUAGUGACACGUGUCCUCCCCCGUCCAUCCCCCUGUCUCAUCUCCUCUCCCCUCCCAGGCCUGCUUGGACCCUCCCCACCUCUGAUCUUUCUCUCUGCCUCGCCAUGAAACGCCUGCUGCUGCUCGCCCUGUCAACCCUGCUCUGCUGCUGGGUCUCAGCUGACAUUAGGUGUCACUCCUGCUACAAGGUCCCCGUGCUGGGGUGUGUGGAUCGCCAGUCCUGCCGCCUGGAGCCAGGCCAAAGAUGCCUGACCACAAACGUGUACCUUGGGAAGAUGUGGGUUUUCUCUAACCUGCGCUGUGGCACACCAGAGGAGCCUUGUCGGGAGGUUUUCAACCAAACCAACCACAAGCUGGGCCUGAACUACAACACCACCUGCUGUGACAAGGACAACUGCAACAGCCCAGCCCCGAGGCCCACACCUGCGCUGGCCCUCCUCCCCCUCACCUCCCUGGCUGGCCUCGGCCUCUGGUUGUUGCACUGAGAGAGAGUCACCCCGUGGCUGCACAGUCUUCCAUCGCUGUAGCCUGAGCCCUGUCUCCCUCAGAACCCCAGCUCUCCAGCACGCUCUCCCCUCACCCCGCCCCGUUUCUUAAGAUCAGUCCCCUGUUGUCCCAUUGGCUUUGUGGGACCGUGCCUAGAGUGGUCUUUCUAGCCGCCCCCCUCAGCCGGCACCUCUCCACUCCGUAUGUCACCAAGUCCUUUCCCAUUUCCUUGGAGACCACGCUACCUCCUUCACUGGCCACUGGAAGGGCUCCCUGCUUGGCAGCACAUCGAUGUGACCCUGGGACGCGGCCCUGGGAGGACUACCGCGAGUGACCCGCUAACCUCACUGCGUGGGGUUGAGUCCCCCCUGCUGGUCUCUUUCCAUCUUGAGAAAUAAAAUGUCGGUGUCUGAUAAA